AUAGUUUGCAGUAGGUCGGAAGGUGCGCUUUCAGGUUGAGCAGGACGCAACGCCCUGCGCCCACGCUCGACAGGUCGCCACCUCAAACCUGACCGCAUCCAGCUUUGAAACACAAAGCCUGUAGUACACAUUUAAGGUGGCGAUAGGGCUGGAAACCAGUGGCUGAGACCGGGCAUCAGUGCUACCCGCUGAGUCCAAUCUUGACGACCCGCAGGGGCAUACUUCCGAGCUUGGCGGCCGCCUGGCACAAACCAGCUACAUAUACACUAUACUGCAACGCCUUACAAACAUAGCUUGCAUCCACACCAACAGCAUUCUCACAUAAAGCUCCGAAGGAUCAUUUGUGGCGCACCAACCAGAGACCUAGCCCAGAGCACUUGUCAGCAGCGAUAUCAAAGUCAUUUUGUGGCAGCUAGCGUUUUCCUGCUGGACAGCGAGCCUUGCGCAGCCUGCGUCAGCAGAGCCCGUCCGACCCGGCGGUGCGCGGACCCCGCACGCGGGCCUCGUAUAACCCUCCGACGCUGCGCAGCAGAGCUAUGGGCGCUCUGGAGGCGCUAGCCGCGGUUUGCGCGGAGGAACUGCAAUCUAAUCAAAGAUUGGCGUUAGUGGACAGCACUGGGGUGCACUCGGCCGUAACCGGAGGUGGCUACCUACAAAACUACCAGCACCUCGUGCAAGUCCUGGCCGCACAUGCGGCGAAGCAGCAGCAACAGACCGCGGUCGGGCCCGGUGGACUGCGCCUGCAGCUGCCACUCCAGGUCCAAACGCAAUUACAGCACCAACCUCAGCAGCAGCGGGCGCCAGUCAUUCUACACCAGCAGGGGCGGCCAACUCAGCCAGUGAUCGUGACUCGACCGCCCACACUGCCGGUUCCCGCUGCACUCCCGCCCGCUGUCACGUUUCGGCCUCAAACCCAGCAACUUCAGUUGAAACGGCCAGCGGAUUCAGCGAUGUCCGAGGCUCGUGGCAAGCUGGAGAGCGUCGACGUGCGACCCCUCAGCCCUCCAAGCAAGCCUUCCUCCAAGCCCCUUAUCCCGGGAGGGCCUUGCGAAAACCCCUACUGCGGCGUGGUGGAGGCCCCUCAGUGGCGCCGCAUUGAGAAGAAGCUGGUGUGCAACCGCUGCGGCAUGUACUACCACAGGCACGCGCGCUUCCCCGACUGGAGCUACUUCAGCGGCCUGGCGAACAAGAACUCCACGCGGCACGUGGUCAUCACGCAUCGCGGCCGCGAGGGCCUGCAGCAGAACCAGCCCCAGCAGACGCAGUCGCAGCAGGUGCAGAUACUGUCAAAGCCGCCGCUGCCGGCGCACAUGCAGCAGACGCCCUCGCCCCUGGCCUCGCCCUCGCUGUCGCCCGCGCUAUCGCCCAACCUGCUGCACGUCCGCGACCCGGCGCCUGUGCCGCAGACGCUGGCACAGGCCGCGGGGCCGGAGGUGGAGCAGCACGAGCAGGCCGCGGCGCCUGGCGGCAUGAGCGACGGCAAUCUGUCGGAGCUGCUGCGGCAGGCGGGCGCCUCGGCUGACCUGGAGGCCGUGCAGCGGCUGCUCACCACGCCCGUGCGGCAGCUGGACAUUGACACCAUCCGCAAGCUGCAGGCGCUCCUGGGCGAGCGAGUGAGGCAGCAGCAGCACACUCAGAACCGCAGCCCGCCGAUGUCGCCCAGCCGGGAGGCCAUGGCAGCAAAGCCGGGUCAGCAGGAGCCGCCCGCCUCGCCGCAGCGCGGCGCCAGCCCCGGAAGCCCGCGCUCCGACUCCACGUUUGCGCCGCCCGCGCAUGCGCUCGACGGCGCGCCGGCUGUGGCCUCGGGCCGCGGCGGCGCAGGCGGCAGCGCUGUGGCCGAGGCGCGGCAGGUGCCUUCGGGUCCCGCGCGCUCUCCGCUGCGCACACCCCCGUCAUCGCUGCUGCAAGCAGACAGUGUGACGAUGAUGCAGCUUGGUCAGCAGCCGGCCACGGGCUCUGCACUGAGCCCCGGCGGCUCCUCCCUGCAUGGUGCCGCGAAUCGCGCCGGCGCGGAUGCGUGGGAGGCAUGCCGCACGGCUGCGGCGGAGCAGCGCAGCCCGCGUGUCUUCACGGACGCUGAGGUUGAGUCGGUGAGCGCCGGUCCCGAGAUGCAUCCCGUCAAGCGCAUGCGCGUGACACCGCCGCCCGCGGCAGACACCUGGGCCGUGGAGCCGGCGCGGCGCGUGCAGGUGACGUCGCAGGCUGGCCUGCAGCAGCAGGUUCUGCUGACCCACAUGCUGCUGCAGCAACAGCAGCAGGAGCAGGACAAGGCGCUGCGGGCGGCGGCAAUGCAGCAGCAACAGCAGCGCCAGGCAGCCGCAGCGCGCCAGCUGGCAGCGGCGCAGCGCCAGGCGGCGGUGGAGGAGGCAGGCAUGCUCAUGGCCCAGCAGCAGCAGCAGCAGCAGCAGCAGCGCCGCCGGGCGCAGAUGGCUGCUCAGUCUGCAACUCCCGCUGGUGCGGGCGCGGCCGGCCGCUCUCUGAUGGAGACCAUUGCGGCGGCUGCGGCGCUGCAGCAGCAGCAGCACGGCCCCUCGCGCGGUGGCCAGCAGGAGCAGCAGUGGCAAGAGCACCAACAGCAGCAGCAGCAGGAGCGCGGGCUGCAGGGCGCCAUGGGCGGCCUGCUGAUGCGCGACCUGCAGCAGCGGGCCAUGCUUGUGCACCACCAUUACCACCAACAACAACAGCAGCACCAGCACCAACAGGCCCAGCACCACCAACAGCAGCAACAGCAGCAAGGUGGUGGCCAGCGGCGCCUGAGCGGCAGCGGCUACUCAGCAGCACCGCAACUGCGGCUGGUUGCCCUGGACGGCAGCACCGCGGCGGCAGCUGCGGCCCGUGGUGGCCCGGCCCGUGGCGGCUACGAUGGUGGCUACUUGCAGCAGCAGCAGCAGCAGCAGCAACGGGAGCAGGGCCGCAGGAGCAGCCAGCAGGGCUACUUUGCAGGCGGUAACAACGGCGGCAUGUCGCAGGCGGUGGCCGGCCGUGGCGCGGGCCUGAGCGAGGCCCAGGCCAAGGAGCUGCUGAGCGCGCUUCUGGCACGGCGGGCUGGCGGCGGCGGCGGUAACAAUGCGGAUUUCGAGGCGGCUGCACUGGCAGCUCUGGCAGCGGCCAAGGGCGCAGGGCAGAUGGGCGGCGGCGGCAACAACCCUGGAGGCGUGGCAGCGCUGCUGCCGGUCCUGGACCUUGGCAAACCCUCUGCAGCCGUUGCAUUCUGAACGAGGGUGUUUGCUGCAGGACAAAGAACUCUUACGUGUCUGAAACCGAACAACCGAGGGGCAGCGAUGCUGGCUGGGCUGGGCUUAAGCGACAUGCAAUUAUGCUUCCAAGCAAAAAUUAGUUGUUUUUCUAUGACGAGCGGGGUUCUUGGUGUGUGUAUUGGUCUAGUGUGGAUGUGUGGGUAGUCCAGCAGGUGGCGGUACAGUAAUGAGAGGUUGGCUUUCAUGACUUGGAUUGCCGUGGUAGUAUAGGGGCAGCUGCAGCUGCAUAGACUUUGAUUCAUCUCCUGGAUGCGGAGCCCAUCGCAUCUGGCACCAGCUUGCAUUUGUUGCUCCAGCGUUUUUCCGCAAUGCGCGUCGCUACGGUAUCCGUCCAUAAUAUCUUUAUUUGGCGACAGGCUCACCGAUCCGUCGUCUUGUAUCACUAUGAAGUUUUGGAAGAUUAGUAGUAGGAGGAGGCGAGGCAAGAAGAGAUAGGCAUGUGGCACGACUGGGAGCAUUGGCUGCAACUCCCCUUAAAUGAACAGAUGCGCGUGAUGCCUUUGAAAUGGGCCGGAUGGGGCGCACCGUGGCGCAGGCCCUGCACGGGUCGAAUGGCUCUUUGCCGAGUGGGUUACCCGCAAACAAUGUAAGACGAACUGUCC